ACCACAGACCCCUUUUUGCUACUAAGGCCCCCCACCCACACAGUCACGCUCGCACUUGACGUAAUCUCAUUUUUCAGGUCAAUUUUACUUUUCCUCUUUUCCAAAAAUGGAGUCUGAUGAUCAAAACCUUUUCCAUUACAGUCUCAUCGCUCUCUACCUCAUCGGACCACCCACCUUCGUUUCCCUCCACUUCCUCCAAGCUCCCUACGGCAAGCACCGCCGUCCCGGAUGGGGUCCAACCAUGCCUGCUCCCCUCGCCUGGUUCCUUAUGGAGAGUCCCACUCUCUGGCUCACCUUUCUCCUCUUUCCCUUCGGAAUUCAUAGCUCCGAUCCAAAAUCUCUCUUGCUAAUAUCGUUCUUCCUCCUCCACUACUUCAACCGAACCGUAUUCUUCCCGCUCCGCCUCCUCCGCCAGAAAAACCCAGGCGAUUUUCCCGUCGCGAUAGCGGCCACGGCUUUCGGAUUCAACCUCUUGAAUGCUUACUUGCAGGCCAGAUCGGUCUCUCAUUACAGCGAUUACGACGGAGAUGAGUGGUUCUGGUGGCGAUUCUUCGCCGGUGCGGUUGUUUUCUUGGCCGGGAUGGCGAUUAAUGUGGCGUCGGACCGGGUUUUGGUUCGGCUGAAGGAGAGCGGCGGAGGGUAUAAGGUGCCGAGGGGAGGUUGGUUUGAGAGAGUGAGUUGUCCAAAUUACUUCGGCGAGUGCGUUGAGUGGUUGGGCUGGGCCGUUAUGACGUGGUCUUGGGCUGGAUUGGGCUUUUUUCUAUACACGUGUGCUAACUUGAUGCCUAGAGCACGUGCGAACCAUAAGUGGUAUUUGGAGAAGUUUGGGGAAGAUUAUCCCAAAUCUAGAAAAGCUGUUGUACCUUUUCUGUAUUAAUUAUUAUGAAUUUGAAUUGAGCAAUUAAAUAUGGUGAAAAAGAUUGGAUUUUUGUUUU